UGCUGUUCAAUAAAACUUCAGAAGUAAACAAUAAAACGGUCCCGAGAGAAGAAACGCGUGAAGAUUUGUGUGAAAAAAACCUAGAAUUUUGUGCGAAAUAAAAUCUUUUCCCUCAAGGAUGCCUGAACCGAGUGAUGAGCACAACUCAAAUUUGUACAUGCGACUGCAGCAAUCGCAACUGGUACGGGCCAACAUUCAGAACAUUUCACAGUACCUCAACACCGGCUUGAGCCCCGAAACGCUGGACAUCUGUGUGAAACUGCUCGAGGCCGGAGUACACCCGCAAUCUCUUGCCGAGUCCGUCAUACUCAUCCGUAACCAGAUGGCCGCACUCGAGAAUAAUGGAGACACCGCGCACUAAAUUGUAAAUAAAUGGGAAUUUA